UCAAGCUAUGGCUGCUAUUGGAGGAAACACAGCUGGUCCUGGAGAUGCUGUCGUUGACGUCGACAUGAACCAUGACCGCGGAUUUGCUCUUGUGGAAAUGAGACUGACUGAGGAAGCAAGCAAUGCCAUGGCUCUGGAUGGCAUUUUGUUUGAAGGGGUGCCACUGAAGAUUAGAAGGCCACCAGGCUAUAACCCUUCCGAGGCAGCUGCCCUGGGCCCAAGCAUGCCGAGCCGCUGUCUGAAUCUUGCUGCAGUUGGCUUGACACCAGGAUCUGCAGAAGGUUUGAAAGGGCCUGACCGCAUUUGUGUGUCUGGCCUUCCCAAAUAUCUCACAGAAGCUCAAGUCAGGGAGUUGCUUGAAUCUUUUGGACCUCUUCGUGGGUUUGAUCUUGUCAAGGAUUGGGGAACUGGUGACUCGAUGGGCCAUGCGUAUUGCGUGUACCAGAACAGCAGUGUCACUGACAUUGCCUGUGCUUCUCUAAAUGGAAUGAGGCUACAUGACAAUACCCUUACCGUCGGCAGAGCAAAACAGCGAGCAUCUCAGCACCAACCCGAGGUGGAAACCAUCCUGUUGGGUUUGAUGGCAGAGCAACAGGCGCAGCUACAGCAAGUUAUGUUUGGAUUGGUCCCUACUCCUACAAAGGUCGUGUGCCUCCUCCAGGUGCUUACUGCAGAUGAGUUGAAACAUGAUAAAGACUAUGAGGAGAUUAUGGAACACAUGAGGCUAGAAGCGUGCAGAUAUGGUAAUCUGGUAAAAGUUGUCAUCCCACGCCCUGACUCGAGUGGACAGCUGGUCGCUGGAGUUGGAAAGGUGAGCUAGCCUUGUGUUGCACGGACAGUUGAACACUUGUUGAUUUGCAUGAUGGCGAAUGAUUUUCUGAUGAAUGAGUUUUCUGUCAUAGGUGUUCUUUGAAUAUGCAGAUAUCGACAGUGCCAUCAAAGCAAAGACGGCGUUUCGCGAAUGGAAAUUUGAUGGGAACCCAGUGUUUUCAGUCUACUACCCAGAGAUUAAGUUUGCCAAUUUGGAAUUCGAUGGAUAAUUAUCGUUAUCUUGUGCUAUGUAUAACAUGGUUGUUUUUAUACUAAUCACAUUAAAAGCAAUGGUUCGGUAACUCUGCACCUUUAAGUGUCCGUACAACUGAUU